AGCUCUUCGGGCUGUGUGGCUCUUACAGCAACAGCGCAGAAAAUCAGAGACAAGAAAUAUACCUGUAUUCUACUUUCUUAUUACACACGCAGUAUAUCCAACUGUAAUCCAAGAGCGGCGCAUAUCCGUGUGCCACCGUCUCCAAAAGCGAUGAGUAUAGACCAGCUCGCAGACCAGGUUGAGCAGGCCAUGAGCCUUGCCCAGGAAAAUCCAUCUGAUGCGACUGCACCAAGCCUUCCGCCGGCGCUGGCCAUCGCCAAGAACAAAUCUGUGGACGAGAUCCUGGCAGAUCUGAACAAGUCGCCGCUAUUUAUGACGGAGAUGGAGGAUAAUGACGAUAUCGCUGCGUUGCAAGCACUGGCAUAUGAAGGCACGCCGCUGGAGAAUGCGACGGACUUCAAGGAGCGUGGAAACGAGUGCUUCAAAGCGAGGGGCUAUAGAGACGCAGAGCAGUUUUACGGAAAGGGAAUUUCCAUUCUAUUCGUCGAGGAGAGAAAAAGGGCAAAGGGAGAGGUCACCAAGAAUCCUGAGACUGGAGAGCCGGACUCUGAGGAGGAGAUCAAGCAGCAGAAGGAGACGCUCGAGGCCAUGUACAUGAACCGUGCGGCGUGCCAUCUGGAGAUGCAAAACUACCGCAGCUGCUGGACGGACUGUGCGGCGGCGCUGCGGCUCAACCCGCGGAACGUCAAGGCGUAUUAUCGCAGCGGAAAGGCGCUGCUGGCGGUGGAUCGCAUAGAGGAGGCCGACGACGUGUGUGCCAGAGGUCUGGCAAUAGAGCCGGAGAACAAAGCCCUGAGGACUGUCGCCGACGGCAUCAUUAAGCGCGCGAAGACGCUGGACGAGCUGAAGCGCAAGGCCGCGGAAAGGGAGGCGAAGAAGCAGCGACGGGCACUGCUCUUGAAGACGGCCCUCGUGGCGAGGGGUAUCAAGACGCGGAAGACGGAACAGCCGCCUGAGAUGGAAGAUGCAAAGAUAACUCUGUUGCCGGAUGAGGAUGAUCCUUCGUCCGAGUUGGCCUUUCCAACGGUUCUGCUCUAUCCCCUACAUCUGGAAUCUGAUUUCAUCAAGGCCUUUCAGGAGACGCAUACGCUGGAGGACCAUCUCGGAUAUAUUCUUCCCCUGCCGUGGGAUAAAGAGGGGGCGUAUACGCUCGCUGGGGUGACGUGUUACGUGGAGACAAAGGAGGGUGGCUUGAUCAAGAUGGGCAAGAGGGUGCCUUUGUUGAAGGUGUUGGCCGGAGGGAAAGUAGAGGUUGUGGAUGAGGUGGUGAGGAUAUUUGUUGUGCCGACUUCGAAGGCGGAUGGAUGGGUAAAGGAGUUUAAGGAGAAGAGAGCGGCGGAGAAGGGAGAGAGGAGUUGAAAAAAAGAAAAAUUACGACAUAGACACUCGAUUUGGAAGGAAAAGCAAAAUUCUGUAUUCAAGGAGAAAGAAGAGAGAAAUGAAAUAAAUUAGAUGCAUCUAGAAGAGGUGAAGACCUCGACAUGACCUAUCAGGAAAUAAAGCAAAGCGGCCUAAAUAACUAUCAUACACGAUUGGUC